CAGCAGCAACAGCCCCAGCAGCAGCAAGAACCACAGAAGCUGCAACAACCGCACCAGCAGCACGCGCCGCAGCAGCAGCAGGAGCAGCAGCAGCAGGACGACAGCAGCAGACCUGCAGGGGUACAAGACAACAUUCUUGGGGUUUGUCAUGCAGACAAGACAGUCAAUGUCGAAAGUGCCGCUGCUGCUGCUGCUGCUGCUGCUGCUGCUGACUCCAAAGACAUCUCCUUUUUCUUGCGGCUGCUCGAGGCAGCCGCCGGCGAAGAGCUGUCUGUAAACCUCAAACCGGUGCGACACGUAGCAGGCCGGCAGCGGAGCAGCAGCAGCAGCAACAGCAGCAGCAGCAGCAGACACGCGAGUCCUGCUGCUCGUAGACGGCGGCGGCAGCGGCAGCGGCCGGCACCGCAGCAGCAGCACGUGACACAGCGCCUGUCCACACGCAACACACAACGCCACAUUCACCAGCAGCAGCGGCAGCAUCAGCAGCAGCAGCAGCAAAUGCAGGAGCAAGCGAGCUGCGGAGGCACAGCAAAGCCUCCGGAGCCUUGA